CAUCUGCUCAUCUGCUUUAGGUGUGGGAGAAAGAGAGUCGUCCUUUUUAAGCCGCCUCAACAAAAGCAAAGCUUACAACUCUCUCUGUUUAGAGUUUAGACCGUUUGGUAGACAGGCAGAUGAUUGACAGAUAACAGAUUCUAGACCAGAGUCGUGUCUCUCUCACUUUGAUUUUUUUAAUUUUGUUUUUAAUUCUUUUUGGCGUAAUUGGUAUUUAUAUUAUAACCCCUUUUUUUUUUUCCGAAUUUGAGCCAAGUAGCUGUCUUUUGGUGGUUGGGAAGGAGGGUUUCGACUCUCCCCUGUAUUUUUUCCCGGGAAAAUUUGGGGGAAUGACGAGAAUGCUUGUGGGGUUGGGGCCGAUGGAGCUCCGCGAGCUGGCGACGAGCUGGUGGGACGAGGUCGAUGAGUCCAGUCAGUGGCAAGACAGAAUCUUUUAUACUCUCUGCGCUGCUUAUGCCCUGGUCUCCUCCGUUGCUCUGAUUCAAUUAGUAAGGAUUGAGUUGAGAGUGCCCGAAUAUGGCUGGACUACGCAGAAAGUUUUCCAUCUCAUGAACUUUAUUGUUAACGGAGUACGGGCAAUCGUGUUUGGGCUCCACAAACAAGUAUUCCUUUUGCAUCCCAAGGUGCUAACCUUGGUAUUACUGGAUCUUCCGGGAAUUCUAUUUUUCUCUACCUACACACUUCUUGUCCUUUUUUGGGCAGAGAUAUAUCACCAGGCGAGAAGCUUGCCCACAGAUAAGCUCAGGAUUGUUUAUAUAACAGUGAACAGUGCAGUGUACUUCAUACAGGUUUGCAUCUGGGUAUACCUCUGCGUGAAUGAUAACACCGUGGUGGAAUUCAUUGGAAAGAUAUUUAUUGCAGCGGUGUCAUUCGUAGCUGCCUUAGGAUUCUUGUUCUAUGGAGGAAGGUUGUUCUUCAUGCUGAGACGCUUUCCCAUUGAAUCUAAGGGGAGAAGAAAGAAGCUUAACGAGGUUGGAUCUGUUACGGCUGUCUGUUUCACCUGCUUUCUUAUAAGAUGCUUUGUGGUUGUUUUGUCUGCUUUUGAUUCAGAUGCCUCACUCGACGUUUUGGAUCAUCCAAUUUUGAACUUUAUCUACUACAUGCUUGUUGAGAUCCUACCUUCAGCCCUUGUCCUUUACAUUCUGCGCAAGUUGCCUCCGAAGAGAAUUUCAGGCCAAUACCAUCCGAUCCGUUAGCUUCGGUUCUCUAUUUAUUUUUUUAUUUUUUUUGCAAAACAAAAUGAUUUUUGGGCAUGAAAGUUGAGGUCCUAUUGAAGGUGUUAAGACAAGCAGAAUCCUAAAACGUAUCCGGAUGUCUUGUUCUGGUCUAGCUCUAUACCGGCAAUUUUUACCAAUUGCGUGUCGCAAAGCUGAUUUCAUCUUGUUGAAGAGAUGAUUAAAUUGAUUUCUUCAUGGGUCUUGUGAUUUAAAGAAUCCUGUUAGUUGGUACGACGUAGGCAGAUUAUGAAGGAAAUUUUUGUGUUAGUUUUAGGGAUUUGACAAUGGUUGAUACUACAAUGUAUUCUGGAUGCGCUUUCCUGUAAUUACGGCUUUGGUGGUAUGCCAUUCUACAAUGUUGAACCUGUCUAUGAUAUGUAGCUGACUUCGCCUUUCU